ACAUGUGGUUCAUUCUGGUGGCCGUAUUUGGGCUCAGCGUGGCCCAACAUAACCCCAACACCAAGCACGGCCGGACGUCCAUCGUCCACCUGUUUGAAUGGCACUGGGCAGACAUCGCCGCUGAGUGCGAACGCUUCUUGGGCCCCAAUGGUUUUGGUGGAAUUCAAAUCUCUCCUCCGCAAGAGCACAUUGUGCUGAACAAUCCAUGGAGACCCUGGUGGCAGAGAUACCAGCCAAUCAGCUACAACCUGUGUUCUAGAUCUGGCACUGAAGAGGAGCUUCGAGACAUGAUCACCAGAUGCAACAAUGUUGGGGUUAAUGUCUAUGUGGAUGCUGUAAUCAACCACAUGUGUGGAGCCUCUGGUGGAGAGGGUACCCACUCUGAAUGUGGAACCUGGUUCAGUGCCAGCAAGAAAGACUUCCCCAGUGUCCCCUUCAGUGCCUGGGACUUCAAUGACAACAAAUGUAAGACAAGCAGCGGUGAUAUUGAGAAUUACGGUGACAUUUUUCAGGUUCGUGACUGUCGUCUGGUUAGUCUCUUGGACCUCGCUCUGGAGAAAGAUUAUGUGAGGAGCAAGGUGGCAGAGUUCAUGAACAAACUGAUUGACAUGGGUGUAGCUGGAUUCAGGGUGGAUGCCUCUAAACACAUGUGGCCUGGUGACCUGGAAGCUGUCUACAGUCGUCUGCACAACCUCACUACCAAGUGGUUUCCCAGUAACGCAAGACCUUUCAUCUUCCAAGAGGUUAUAGAUCUGGGAGGAGAAGCCAUCACAUCAAGAGAGUACUUCCAUCUUGGACGGGUGACUGAAUUCAAAUAUGGGGCUAAAAUGGGAACCGUCUUCAGAAAAUGGCACGGCGAGAAGCUGUUUUACACAAAGAACUGGGGAGAGGGAUGGGGUUUCAUGCCAGAUGAUAAUGCUGUUGUCUUCAUUGACAACCACGACAACCAGAGAGGCCACGGUGCCGGUGGUGCAGCCAUCAUUACUUUCUGGGACCCGAGGCUUUAUAAGAUGACUGUUGGCUACAUGCUGGCCCAUCCUUAUGGUGUGACAAGAGUGAUGUCCAGCUACCGAUGGGAAAGAAACUUUGUGGAUGGAAAGGAUAAAAAUGACUGGAUCGGCCCUCCGAGCAACAGUGAUGGAUCCACAAAACCCGUUCCCAUCAACCCUGACCAGACUUGUGGGGAUGGUUGGGUGUGUGAACACAGAUGGAGACAGAUCAAGAACAUGGUCAUUUUUCGUAAUGUGGUCAGUGGACAGCCUCACACCAACUGGUGGGACAACGAGAGCAACCAGGUUGCUUUUGGACGUGGUGAUCGUGGUUUUAUCGUCUUUAACAAUGAUGAUUGGGACCUGGAUGUGACUCUGAACACUGGCAUGCCUGGUGGAACCUACUGUGAUGUCAUUUCUGGCCAGAAAGAAGACAACAUGUGCACCGGGAAGCAGAUCCAUGUCGGAGACGAUGGCCGAGCCCGCUUCAAGAUCAGCAACAGAGAUGAGGACCCGUUUGUUGCAAUUCAUGCUGAAUCCAAGCUGUAAAAGGGAUAAAGCAUUGUUCCCUGACUUAAAGUCAAAACACAACUCUGAAACAUGCGGUCACUUC